AUGAGUGCAGCCUUUCCGCCGUCGCUCAUGAUGAUGCCGCGCCCUCUGGGAAGCAGCACUGCCUUCAGCAUAGACUCGCUCAUCGGCAGUCCGCCGCAGCCCAGCCCGGGCCACUUCGUCUACACGGGCUACCCCAUGUUCAUGCCCUACCGGCCCGUGGUGCUGCCGCCGCCGCCGCCCCCGGCCGCGCUGCCCCAGCCGGCGCUGCCGCCCUCGCACGGGCACCACCACGCGCAGAUGCCCAGCCUGCCCGCCAGCUUCUGCUCCAGCCUGGCGCAGGGCAUGGCGCUCACGUCCACGCUCAUGGCCACGCUGCCGGGCACCUUUUCCGCCUCGGCGCAGCACCAGGAGGCGGCCAGGAAGUUCGCCCCGCCGGCGCUCCAGGGCACCUUCGACAAGGCGGACGGCCUGCAGGCCGAGGCCGAAGACGGCAAGGCGUUCCUGGCCAAGGAGGGCUCGCUGCUGGCCUUCUCGGCCUCCGAAGCGGUGCAGGCGUCCCUGGGUGAGUCCAACGGGCCGCGGCGGCGCGGGGAGGGGAAGGGGGUUCCGUGGCGCGACCCCCACUCCCCACGCAGGGACGUUGGGCUUGGGUUUGUUGCAGCGGCCACACCAGGUGGUUGUCCUCCAAAGGUUAGCUGGUGAUCUCGCCUUCCCCCGGCCAAAUUUAAUCCACAUUUAUCCUUUCAGGGGCGGGAAUCGGAUCAAUUAAACAACACCCUGUUGCCCAGGUUCCGUUUCGGAGCGUGGCUUUUUGGAAGUUGAAAGGACACCCUGGGCAGAGUUAGGCCGUCUGGGUGGGGGGCAGCCCGGGCGCAGAGGAUGGCCGGGUCUUCUUCCAAGGAGACUCGGGGAAUUCAGUCGCCGAGUCACACACUGGAAAUUGAAGUGGCCCCAUUUGUACGGAUUGGUUUAAGUGUUUCAGCCUUUCCGUCCCGUUUCUCCAGUCCAGGAACGGCUAGUGCAGGCCCCGAAAUGCUCCCUUCUCGGGCUGCUUCUCUGCUGCUGCUCAAGCUCUUGGUGGCGUUUUUGCUGCUGCUCUGGUUGCUCCUUUUAAAUCACUUCGGAAGCGACCGGGAAGGGGUCUGAGCGGGGUAAUGCCGCAGCCUUGUCGAAGGAAAAGCCAACCAUUGAGGCCCAGUAAAGCAAGCACUUCACUGGCGUGAGUGACUGUUUUCCCAGGAGUUGGAGGGAGAGAGGAGAAGGGCGGGGAGGAAGCGCCCCUCCCCGGGGACGCCCUUGCCCAGCCGUCGAAGGGCCUUGCGAAGAGGGAGGGAGGGAGGGACCGCCGGCUUGGGGCUGCUUCAAGUUCUUUCCGGCGGCGCCGCCCGCUUCAAAACUAAGCCGCCCUUCUUGGGCUGGGAAAGAGCGGCGUCUCGGCCUGGCAGGCCUAGUCCGACUCCCUUCUUCGCCAAGGGGCCAUUUGCAGAGACUGCCGUCGGGCGAUGUUGCCCGGCGGCGUUCACCACGACACGGCUUAUCUCGGCCUGACACCCAGCGAACCCCGCGGCCAUUUCUCGGUGGAGAGAGUCCGCUUGGCGGAUGGGGUGCAGCGGCCUGCGCCUCCCCGGGGCUGACGCCGCGGCAGAUUCGGGGACCCAACGGAAGGAAAGUUUCUUCCGGAGGCAGAUCGGGGCUUUCUCUCGCUGCCCCCGCUCCCCUCUGCCGUCCUGCUUGUUUCCAACAUCCCCAGGCCCGACGCGGGCGGAGGGGGGCGCGGGAAGGGGCGGCGGGCGGGGAAGGGGAGAGGCGCAAGGAGUAACGCGCGGUGCUCUUUCUGGCUUCCCCGCAGGAACCGUCCGAGGCGCGUCGGGGAAGGAGGACGCCAAGGCGGCGGAGGAGGAGGCCAAGAGCAAGGAAGAGAGCUUCUCAAUGGACAGCGACCUCGACUACAGCUCCGACGACAACCUGCCCGGCCCCGCGGCGCACAAGGAGGACGACUCGGGCCACGGGCUGGAGGAGGGCGGCCCCAGCUCGGCCAGCGCCAACAGCACCACGUCGACGGGCAAGAACCGGCGGCGGCGGACGGCCUUCACCAGCGAGCAGCUGCUGGAGCUGGAGAAGGAGUUCCACUGCAAGAAGUACCUGUCGCUGACGGAGCGCUCGCAGAUCGCGCACGCGCUCAAGCUCAGCGAGGUGCAGGUCAAGAUCUGGUUCCAGAACCGGCGCGCCAAGUGGAAACGGGUGAAAGCCGGCAACGCCAACUCCAAGACCGGGGAGCCCUCGCGGAACCCCAAGAUCGUCGUGCCCAUCCCCGUCCACGUCAGCAGGUUCGCCAUCAGGAGUCAACACCAGCAGCUGGAGCAGGCCAGGCCCUGAGCGAGGCGGAGGGGAAAGAGAGAGACGGAGAGAGGGAGGGAAAGGCCACCUUCUUCCUCGGCCCCCUCCCCGCUAAAGUUUGGAGGAAAACAAACACGCAAGCAAACAGACGCGCGCCUCCCCUGCAACUCCAGUCCGGGCUCCGUGGAGAGCCCUCCCUCUGGCUCUCUUUCUCUCGGUCCCUCCACUGCCAAACUGAAGGCGAACUUUCCCGCGAGGCGCAGACUGUGCCUUGGCGCGGUCGGGUUCCGGAGCGGGAGUCUCGCAAGCCAGGAAAAGACGAUUUACCUAUUUAUUAGACUGCCCGAACUUUGUAUAUAGAGCGCUGGAUCUCGGCUGCGGGAUUUUGACUGAGACAGGACCAAAGGAGCGGCGGCGUCAAGUCUUACAUUCCAGAAUUGCGGACUUUUGGGCGGGGAAGGGAGAUGUUCCCCCGCCCCGUUUCUUUCGGGAGAGAAAAUAAGACGAAAAGGACCGGUUUAAUUUUUGCUGAUGCUGCUGCUUCUUUUCUCCCUCCCUCCCUCCCCUUCUUUUUUUCUUUUUGGUUGCGGCGGAAGGCUGAGCGAAUGAGGCAUUCUUCAGGUGGAUCCCUCCCUCCCUAUUGAUUCCCCCAUUUUAUUUAAAGUUCUGGCCUUCUCUCGACUUGGUUGCCUUGUCUAAGCCAUGUUCCUUUCCUAUUUCAAAUGCACGACCUUUUUAUUUUUGGUUGUUGUUCUAUUGUGUUGCAUUAAUUUAUUUCAAAUGUAGUUUACGCUUUUUUCUUAAGUUAUGAAAACGAAAUGAAACACAGUAAUGUUAUAAAUAAAAACCUGAAAAAAGAAAAGGAAGAAAAAGGGGGAAAUGCUCAGAGUGACCCAGCUGUCCUUCCUUCUGCGCGUCUGGCGAGGCUUCUUGGCGCGCGAGGGCCAGCAAGGCGCUUUCCUCGGAGCGGGGAGGAGAGGGCGCCCAAAAAGCUGGAGCUGCCGCCGGAUCAGACGCCAGCGGGGAGGUCUCCUCAGUGCAGCCAAAAGCACAUGCGGGGGGUGGAUUAAUAACCCGCCUCACCCCAGGGUCGUCGGAAGAACCGGGGUAGGGAUUCGUUCCCACUGCAGGGAACGAAGGGUUGGAAGAGCCCUGGGUGCCAUGGGCAAGAGGGCGUGAUAUUCCGGCUUCCAUGGAAGGGGGGCACCCGCCCCUUUCAGUUGUCGGGUGAGGGAGCCCUUCCCGCCCCUCCAAAUAAGAACCGCAGGCGCGUCUACCCCAGCUCCGCGCAGCCGUCCGCGGACAGCUCCGCUUUCAUUCCGGGCUGCGAGGGGAUGGGAAGGGGCUCUGCAGACCCAAAUCCAAGGGAAUGGGCUGGGGCAGGGUGGGGCGCGGGGGGUGGCUGGCUUGCCGGGAAGAAAGGGAGGUGGGCUCGGUGGGCUUCCGAAGCGGGAGCCAAGCGGGGCGGCCCGCCACCCUCCCCGCUCCGCUCCCACUUGGCCCGCUCGUUCUGUCCACACGAAGGACGGUGCGCUGCUUUCUGCCUCAGCAGAUGCGCGGAGAAAGAGGCGCCUCCGUGUUCUGACGAGGCUGCAGAGGGAUUCGCCCAAGCUCAGGAUCUGCGGCGGGAGGGCAGAGAGGAGCGGGAAAGGCGGGUGUGAGAAGGCGGCUUGGGUGUGGGGAGAAGCCGGAAGAAUUGCCCCGACUCGCCUGCGGGAAAGCGCCUUGGAAACGCGACUGAAGCCCCCUGGUCCACCCGGCGCCAGUCAAGACGCGUGAAAAUGAAAGCUGAACGGGGAGAGCGGGCAAAGGAGGCCGAGAUGCCAAGCGCCCCUUCCUUCCCGGGACGGAGAGAGCAGCGCAGGGUCCGGCCUGGGCUCGAAGGAGGCCGGUCGCACAGGGACAGAAAUCUAUCACUUUCACUACAUCGUUUUGUAAGGUGUGGAAUUUCGUUUGCACAGCCUGGAAUGCAGCUCUGCAAAGGCGCCUCGUCGCGAGUUCUGCUCCUGUAAGAUGCUCUUGGCGUGGGAAUUUCAUCACCAUCUUCAAGUUUCCAACUAAGUAGCCAGAUCUGCAUGUUUUGCAUUAACAUUUUUUAAAAAACGAGGCGGUUGUGUUCUGGGUUUCUGAAGUGCGAUGUCGGGGCUCCCGACUUCCCAGGCGAGCGUCCGCGGCUGAGCGGCACAGGAAUUCGCCUUCAGAGUGAAAUAAUUUGCUUCUGCCGAGGCAGAGAGGCGAGCUGAAGUCGGCGUUAGUCUUUCCUUGCCGGCGUGUGGAGCGGCUUUGAUGGCGGGCGCCGAGGUGCAGCCCUGGAGCGAAAGAGAGCCAGGAUCCCAGGCGGCCGAGUCGACACGUGUGCCGUAUCCGCACAAGCCCAGCUCUCCAUGGAUGCGAACUCUGGUUACCGAGAAGCAGGCAACUAUGUAUGGAUGCUGCCUCUUUCUGGAUAAUCAGAGUAAUCAUGUACACACAUAUAUGCAUAUACAUGCUACACACACCAAAAAUAACUUUUAAGUGGGAGGAACGGGCUGUCAAAGCUUUAAAGGCGCAUGUGGGAAAGGGCAGGGGGCAACUUUUACAUUCUAGCCCAAGCACCUGCGUUUUGUGGGGAAAGGAAAGGAAAAGCUACAUUCCGGCACACAGACAGGGCAAAUGGUCGGAUCUUUUCGCCUCUUUUUGCAGCUCUUUGGCGCUGAAGCAGCCGCCACCCAAAGACCCGUUUGCCCCGCUGCGAAAGAGCUGCUCGCCCCCCCCCCAACACAACGGCGAGGAAAUGGGAAGACCAGGGGGUGGUGGGAGAGCGAGCAAGAGGAAGGCGCAAGAGCCCGAGCAGGCGGCGGAGGACCGCCGACUUCUCGCCCCCCCUCAGACAAUAAUCUGA